AUGUCAAUAUCUUCAGCACCUCUAGACAUCACAUUUUACCUCGCUAAAUUGGGCCAAGCGACUUCUUUGCUGGUUAACAUAGCUCCACUACCUACUUUCUUAUUCUGCUCCCUGAGUCACUCGGAGAAAGUUAAGCGACUGGAUAGCAUUUCCUAUAUUUACCUACUGACAGGUCUCACUACAAACAUCGUAUGGCUGGCUUACGGCUAUAAAAUUGGAAAUUAGGACAUUAUUGUCAACAAUAUUUUUGGAAUGAGCAUGUCCAUCAUUAUAAUAAGUAUGUACAUGGCAGUGAUGAAGAGCAUAGAAUAGAUACUCAUGAUGCUUAUACUUAUACCAAUUGCUAUUGCAUUUCUUAUUAAUCAGGUACCAGUAAAUCUGUGUGGACUAGUGGGAUCUAUUAUAUCUGUCACCUCAAAUGUAUCUCCUUUAGAGAAAAUAGCUAAUGUUAUUGCAACAAGAGACCAUAGAUUCAUCAAUUUUCCAGUAGCUCUCUUUACUUGCUUCAAUGCAGUUGUCUGGUGCACUUAUGGCUAUAUCACUCUAGAUAUAUUUGUAUUCACUUGCUAAUUCUUGAAUUUCAAUUGUGGACUGAUUCAAGUGUUGUUUUAUUUCUGGGCUCAAAAGAAGAUAUCUAGUGAAAAUAUGGUGUUGAGGACUUUACUUGGGGUCUUUGGGUUUAGAAAGCAAGAUUUUUUAAAGAAACUUGGCUAUAAAUAUGAAUUUCAACUCUAAGUUUUUGCUAUCAAGGGUGACUAAGAGGAAGGUGAAUUUAAGAACUGCGAUGGACUUGAGGGUGAAAAACUAAAAGAAAAAAGCUUCAAAAGUAGUUAUGAUACAUUAGAGACAUAAUCUGACUAGAGUAGCUUUUAAAAUAUUUCAAUAAAUAGAGAUCAAAGUAAUCAAGAUAGUAAUAGUGAUGAAGACGAGAUAGAGGAUUAGGAAUCAGGUUAGUCUAGAGAUACCUUCAAAAUGCUAGGUAAAAAUGAUAUCAAAAUCAUACUAUGA